AGGCUGUGCCGCGGCGUGGGAAAGCGCCUCAGAGAGGGUUUGCUCUGCUGGCGGUGCGGAGCCGUCCCCAGCUGUGCCGUGCCCGGAGCCCCCCCGGAUUUAUUUAUCUCUGCCCCCACGCCGUGCACACGAUGAAGCGACCUUGCGAGGAAACUACCUCAGACAGCGAUAUGGACGAGACUAUAGACGUGGGGAGCGAGAACAACUACUCGGGGCAAAGUAAUAGUUCUGUCAUUCGAUCAAAUUCCCCAACAACAACAUCUCAGAUCAUGGCCAGAAAGAAAAGAAGAGGGAUUAUAGAGAAAAGGCGCCGUGAUCGUAUAAAUAACAGUUUAUCAGAGCUGAGGCGGCUUGUGCCAACUGCUUUUGAAAAACAAGGAUCUGCCAAAUUAGAAAAAGCGGAAAUACUGCAAAUGACAGUGGAUCAUCUGAAGAUGCUGCAGGCAACAGGAGGGAAAGGUUAUUUUGACGCUCAUUCCCUGGCCAUGGAUUUCAUGAGCAUCGGCUUCCGGGAGUGCUUGACAGAAGUGGCGAGGUACCUGACAUCGGUGGAAGGUCUCGACACGUCCGACCCCCUGCGCGUUAGACUCGUGUCUCACCUGAGCACCUGUGCCUCUCAGAGGGAAGCUGCUGCCAUGACCUCCUCCAUGGCCCACCACCACCACCCCCUGCACCCUCACCACUGGGCGGCCGCCUUCCACCACCUCCCGUCCGCUCUGCUGCAGCCGAACGGACUGCACGCCUCGGAUGCUGCCCCAUGCAGACUCUCCUCGGACGUGCCCCCGCACGGCUCCGCCCUGCUCACGGCCACCUUCGCCCACGCCGAUGCCGCCCUCAGAGUCCCCUCCGCUGGCAGCAUCGCUCCCUGUGUCCCUCCUCUCUCUACCUCCCUCUUGUCCCUGUCGGCCACUGUUCACGCCGCGGCAGCAGCAGCCACAGCUGCAGCCCAGAGCUUCCCCCUCUCCUUCAGCGGCACCUUCCCCAUGCUCCCGCCCAGCGCGGCCGCCGCCGCCGUGGCUGCGGCGACCGCCAUCACCCCUCCGCUGGCCGUGUCAGCCACCGCCAGCCCUCAGCAGGCUGGCACCGGGGGCGGCACGAAACCCUACCGACCCUGGGGGACUGAAGUUGGAGCCUUUUAAGUCUUCCCCCCCACACACACCUCUUCCUACCGCAGCUCCCUCCUCUCCCUCUCAGCACACGUGCGUGUGCUCAGCCCCAGCAGCCCACACAUCCCCGCACCCACACCCAGCCUCCGGGGCUCGGUGUGGCCUCCCUGCUCAGCCUUCACCCAAAGGGCCUGAGAGGUGCCGGCGAGCCCAGCUAGGAACGGCGCGAUUAUCCUCACUGCAGGUGUCGGAGAGAACAUGGGGAGACACCUUCUUCUUCUUCUUCGUUUGUCUUGCUGGGGGCACCUUGAGCGAGCAGCAGUGGCUUUCAGAACAGUGUGACCAUGCCGGCAUGUAGAGGUUUCCUGCAAAAUACGUAGAAAUACGUAGGCAUUAGAACUAAUAGUUCUCCAGCUAUGCAUCCUUGUUUGGCAGUGGUGAGGGAUUGCAUCUACCAGGUCUCCCCAGGCUAGAAAAGGAGUUUCAGUUUCAUAAGUGCCUGACAUUGAGAAAAUAAUAAAUAAAUAUAUAUGUGUGUGUGUGUGUUCUGCUAAAACAAAUAACAUUGCACAGGUAUGGAAAUGGUUUGGGAGAGAGGUGAAAUUCUGCAUUCAACUUCAGAACUAGGAUACUUUUCCAGGGCACAGCAUGCUCUUGAAGGGGAGAGGUUUUUCUAGCCAAAAGAUUGCCGAGGAAGAAUGUUUAGUUUGACAGGCCUAGUUCUCGCUUCCUUAGUUCACUUUCUUUGUACAGACUUGCCAAAUUGUGACGUCUAGCAUAGCAUUGGUAAAAGCAAUUAUCUUAUCAGUGCUGGGAUUAAUGAACGUUUCAGCAUAGCCUGUGAGCCCUAAGGCACCCAUUUUUAUGGCUUAAACAUGGUGCUAGCUCCUAUCUGCACAAACAGUGAAUUUGUCAUGCACCCAGAAGUAACCGCCUGUUUAAAGUGUGCACACUUGGAUACAGUUGAUUCAUGCCAAUACAAGACACACUCAGUGUUGUAAGAGUUCAACUUAACUUAUUUAGCUGUAUUUGGACAUUUACUUUUAACUGAUUCAGUGCAAGAUCCCUCUUCCUUUCACUAUCAACUUCUGGGAGAAUGAUCACUCUGGGUAUGAAUGAAGUUAUGGUAGGGACGAUUUUUAAAUUGGCUAUUAACAUGCCAACAUUGUAAUGUGGGUUUGAUUCCAAACCAAAAUGAAUGUAUUAAUGGGAUGUGAGUAAAUUAUUUUGUCAAUACCCAGAUAACUAGUGCUGCAUAAAAUGGUUUGCUUUCAUUUUUUAUUACAGUGACUUAAAAUAACCUAAGUAUUUUAAUACAACCAGUCAAGAACUAGAGAUUUUAUGUAAAAAAAAAAAAAAAAGAAAAAAAAAGAAAAAACACAGCAUGUAUUAUUAUGCACUUGAUUUCUCUGCUGUGUGGAGAAAGCAAUAAGCAUUGAAAAUGUUAAACAUUAUGCAAAAUAUACUUUAAAAUAUUUGUUUUAAAAAUACUGUACCUAGUCGGUCUUUUAUGCAUUACCUUGUUAACCUUUUUUCUAUGCAAAAGUCUUUACAUAUCACUAAUUAAAUGAAGUCCUUUUUGACUGCGUUUUAUGAA